CACUUUCUGCAGCGUCCAAACUCCGGCUGCACCGCCAACCCCUGCCUAGACCGGGCUGGUUUAGUCUCUAGUGAGACGGGGGACAAACUCAAGGGCCGUUCCCAGGCGGAGACCGGGGUUCUCCCGGCGCUCCCUCCGUCCCUCCCGCCGGCAGCACCGCCUUCCCGGGCCGGGCAGGGCUCUCCCGUAAGGAAUUUUCCUAAGGAACCCCGCAGCAGGUGCGCGUUCGGCCGCAGCUCCCUGGGCAAGCUCCGCUGGAGGCACCGGAGGACGCGGCGCCCGCGCUCUGAUCCCUCCGAUUAAACCGUGCCUGGAGGGGAUUGCUUCUUAACAGGCUGCCGGAUGGACGCUCGCAGAGUAAUUUAAAUUCACCGAAUCGCUAUUUAUUAAUAUAAUGCUCUUAAAACUGAACGUACACUUAAUCCCCGGUGCCCUCGUAACGACUGGGAGGGGAGGGCGGCGUACGGGAAGGGGAAUAAGAAGAAGAGGGGAGCGGGCCCUGGUCUGAGCCGGGCAGGGACCAGCGGCCGGCUGGGAGCCCUGGGGAAGCCGCUGCACUGUCGCCUCCGGGCCCAGCCGCCCGCUCGCUGGUGACAGAGCCCAGUCUGCCCGGGGCAGGCCGAUCCUUGUGCACCGCAGAGCGGCACCGCACGGCUCCGCUCCGGCCGCAGCCGCCCUGCCAGCGCCCCCUCCCUCAUCCACCCUCGCCCCAGCUCAGCAGGGAGGGCGGCGGCACCGCAGAGGCGCCCCGGCAGUGCCGGCAGGGCCCGGGCGGCGCAUCCCGUCCCUCCCCGGGGAGCCCCGCAGGAGGAGCAGGGCAGGGCAGGGGGAGCGCCCCGCGCCCCCGCCAGGUUCCACCUCCAUCGGCGAUGCUGCCAGCGCCGCGUCCGCCCCCAUGCCGGGAGGGUACCGCCGGGCUUUGCUGAGAUAAUUCUCUAAUGGACCAAUGAAAGCCAACGAUGACAAGUUGUGGUCAACAGUCCUUGAAUGUGCUGAUGGUUUUGCUUUCAUUACUCUUGUCAGCAGUGUUGUCCGCACAUUUUCGGGUCUGCGAGCCAUACACGGACUACAAAGGUCGCUACCACUUUGGUUUUCACUGCCCCCGUCUUUCUGACAAUAAAUCUUACAUCUUUUGCUGUCACCAUAACAACACAGUGUUUAAAUAUUGCUGCAAUGAGACAGAAUUUCAGACUGUUAUGCAGAUGAACUUAACAGGGAAUGCAGAUGGAUAUAUGCAUAACAACUACAGCGCACUGUUGGGAGUGUGGAUCUAUGGCUUUUUUGUGGUGAUCUUACUGAUACUGGACCUUUUAUAUUACUCUUCAAUGAACUAUGAUAUUUGCAAAUUUUACCUGGCCCGCUGGGGAAUCAAUGGAAAGUGGAUGACACCGGGCCAGAGUCGAUGGAUUAACCCUGCUCAGGACCCAAGACAGACGCAGCCUCAGCCAGAGACACAGCCUCAAACUCAGCCCCAGCCUCGAACAUCACAGACAGUACACACUUUAAAAGGAGAUGCUUUAAGCCCACCCCUGGUGUCUUUUCAGAGUACAUCUGCCUGUAUGAAAACCACCUGAGGGCUGCCCAAGGCCUGUGUGGGCGGAAGGUCAGGGUGGAUGCACCUUGUGCAGCCCCAGCCCGGCACAGCCCGCAGGGACUGAGCUCACACAGCUCACACAGCCGAGCCUUCUCUUGUGGGGAUCCUGCAGAGCAUCAGCCGCGCCCUCCACGCUCCCUGGCCUGAGGCAGAACCUGCAGUCUGCUUACCUGAGCAAGCUUUUACACCUGGAAAUGGAACUGCAACAAGCAGCAGGCAAAAUAUUCCUACUGCUCAUCAAAGUAAAAGCCAAGGAGGCGAUAAAAUGGAAUAUUGCCAGUUGGGGAAUCGAAAUCCUGACUGCUGAAACAACUUGUUCUCACAACUGUGGGAAUAUUGUUAAUUAAUAAUAAUUAAAACAGACUAAAGAGGAAGAUCACAUGAAGAAGCGUGGGCCAGGGCAGCCUGGCAGAAUUCAUCCAGGUCCUCUGUGGCUGUGUUUUGUUCUGGAUGUGAGAGGAAGACCUGAUCCCUCAGCCUUGUACUGCUGAUGUUAAACUCCUCCUCACCUCCAUCAAGGAUGCAAAUCACAGGGAAUAAAUACUGUCCUGAAGUCCAACAUUUGCUUCUGUGUUCUUUGCCUUUCUGCACAGCAGCAGGCAGAGGCACUGCCUGUGAUCACACGUGUGCUCCGUGACUCUCAGUUUCAGAAACCUGCUGCUUGGCUAGAAUCAGGAAAGAAGCAGCCCAGCAGGGUUAGCCCCUGUAUUUCCUUCACACAGCUGGAAUGGAUUAGGCAAAGAAAAUUAUAUUGAUGUGCCUCAAGAUGGGAGAGGUAAGACCAGGCUUCAAGGAGCAGCUUUCAAGAAAAUCAACUAAAUUACAAGAGCUGAAAAAAUUAUGGAUAAGUAGGAGAGAGAAAGACUACAAGAGGAAUAUUGAGCAAGUCACCUGAAGACAGACACCAUUCAAACAGCUUCUACAGGCAAAUGAUAUAGAAAGAGUCUCCAGGAGAAAGUAGUCUGUAAGCAAUAUUUAAAUUCUAGACUGACACUGUUAUCUCUGAAAGGAAGCAUCAUAUUUGUGAAAAUGCUCAGUAGGAAGAAAAUUAUGUUGCUCUGGCAAAUCCACACAGAGUGGGAAAUGACCCACCUUUGACAAGACAAACCUUUGGUAGAUAACUUUUCUUUGCCUCCCCAUCCAUCAAUUGCCAUUUGAGCCUAAUCUCAGCCUAAGUGUCAGAAUCGUGAAUGUGAGUUUUUCCAAAGUUCUCUGGUUAACAUUUUGUCACAAUAGGGUAGAUGCUGGUAAUCCACAUCACUGCUAACCAUAUGGUCCUAUGCAUUGCAAAGGUAAGCAGAGCCCUUUCAUUGAGUCAGACUGCAGGCUAACUUCAACCAUAAUGCACAUUUUUAGAUCACUGGCAAUGACUCUGCUAAGACUAUCCGAGCCCAUCUUAAAUUUAGGUUCUUGAAGAGGGCAUCCUUUAUUAGGAUGUAACACCAUUCCACCCCCAUACUCAUGGAAGCUGAAAGCAAAACAGAAAAAACCCAACAAAUUGUUUAUUUCAGAAGCAAUAAUACCAUUGUCCCCCUCCUUUCUAAGGCAAUAGUCAAAUUCCCUCAGCCACUGCCUGACUGCAGAGUUUACCCCACACAAGUCUCAGAAUCCAUUUGUAAGCCAGAAGGGCAAUGACUUUGCCACAGAGGUAUGUGAAGCCCUUGAUCACUGGGUUGCAGUAGGUUGACAACUUUCUACAGGGCAGGGUUAUUUUAAAAUCAUACAGUACCAAUUACAUGAGCAAAUCCUGUGAGAUUCAGUUAUAUAAGAUAUUUGCAUGGAGAACCUGGUAGUGACAAGCAAACAGAGGAGUUCAUCUGGAAAUCAUAACACAAAGCCAUGAUAAUGCCAGUUUAAUCCUUCAUGUCUAAUAUUUUGUCCUGCAAAUCUCAGUAAGUUUAAAAUAACCUUACAUUUUACCAUUUAACCACAACAUGAGGAACAACUUGUUAAUGAAUAAUCAAGCGUUCCUUUUGUACCUCUUUGACUGAAUUAAUUUUAGUUUUCUAUUGAACUCAACGGGGACACUCUUCUCAGUGAUUUGAGUUAGUUCUUGGCUACUGGAGUUCAGGAUGGUAUGUGACUAAAACCAUGAAGGAAUAAAUAGACCAAAUAAGUCUGGACACCACAGGAGUGGAAGCCCAGUCUUCAAAUAAAGCCCAGUCUGACUAGCAUGCCCACAUGCACAUGCCCCUUUUCUCUGUAAACCAACAACUAAACAUGCCAGGUAUCACUGAGUAGGGGCAGGUAUUGCCUAAAAGAACGAAUUCACAGGUGGGAGUGCUACCCUGCAGGCAUGAAACUCCAUCCUGUCCCAGGAAAGCUUGAAGCCUGGCCCACUCUCACUCAUCACAGAAGCUCCUGCACAUGCCCCCAGCUUGGAGAGACCUGAGGGAGCUGCCACAGUGCACUGGGGUGUUACACCUGUGUUACACCUUAGGAACUCUCCAAGAAAAGCAAAGCAAACCGAGUGGCUGGUGGUGAUGCCAUCCAUGCCAACAUCAUGCUCCUCCACACUUCCCCAUUGGCUCCAAGAUCCAUAACCCCUGCAGACACCCAAAAAAGUAUCCACAGUAACCAGUGUGGCACUCUGCAGUAACUGUUUGGUCCUUUUACUUCUCCCAGCACCUACUUUCGUUGUGAGGUGAUGACUGCCACAGAGAGCUUUGGAAAAAGCUUAUGUUCAUAGAGGAAUUUGUAUUAGAUACUGGUUUGUGUGACUUACUGUAUUUUGUAAGGGUUUUUUUCCCUUUGGGAAUUGUGCGUUAUUAAUGAGCAGUUUUAUGCUUUACUUCUAGUACACGUAUACCUUGUAAUGGAUGUGCUUUUUGUUAGUUUGUUUUCUUUUAUUCUCUAUACAGAGCCAGUAAAUAUAAGGUAGAUACUCUCUGGCUGAAAUUCUGAUUUUGCCUACCAAUUAAUUUAUGGAUAAAUCCAUGUUGUAGCUGGUGAAUAAUUUUUCAUCAAUUGUGUUGUUAUAAUCACCUGAUAGUCUCUCUACUUCAGCAGAAUAAAAGAUCCUGAAUAAGACUAAUGCUAAUUGGGCCUUAAAUUAAAGGGAAAUUGUGCACUACAUAUUUCCCUACCAUCAUUUCUAUCAGCCCUUCUUCCUUGCUGUUGGGACACUGGAGAAGAGCACUGGCUACACAAACAGCCACCCGAACACCUCAUCCACCUCUGUAGCUGUGCUCUGAUAUCCCUCUGCAUUUACUUGAUCAAAACUAUGGUGGAUCAGAUAAACUGCAAUGAAUUUUUCAGUUAUUUCUGCAGAGAGAUUGGUUCAAAUACAAUCCUUCUCUAAAAGAAAUUAUCUAGUCUGGACUAAAAUGAUUGUAUUUUUCUCUGUGCCCAUUCGGAUAUGUUUGGAAAAAUAAGGGUUCUGAAAUUACCACUUUAAAAAGUUCAUACAUUAUACCUCGCAUGUGACAAUGGCAGCUGUCUAUCUCAGUGGCUGUUAGGGAGUUUCCUGCUCCGGAGGCCCCUUCCCCUGCCCAAAUAAUUUCCUCUCUUCUGUUUCACUGAGAGCUGUGUCCAACUUCUUAGUGAUUGCUGUGUAUAAUGUAGGACAUAAAAAGUUAGGUUAUAAAGCUUGUGCAGGACUUGGUGUUGUAAAUUUAACCAUCUUUCAUGCCUGGUUAUGGAUUUUACAAAAAAACAGAGUGAAAAUAAUCUGGCCUCUUAAUGUAUAAUUCAGCAUAUUGUAGCAGCUAUUUUAGACACCUGUUUUUUAUAGUUUUACUACAGCUGUAAUUUCUGUAUGAGGACUGCCCACUUGAAAAAGCAAUGAAGUUAGCAUGUCAAAAUGAUUUUUUAAAGUCUGUUCUAUUCCACUACCUGCGACUGUGUAUAAAAAGUAAAGCAACAAAAACAAAACCUCAAAAAACCUUUUGUUUUUGCCAACAAAAACAAAACCACUGCUGGGAAGAAACACCUUUUCUCAGCUUCAAAAGUUCUCUUCUGUAAGACAGGCAUUUCUUCUAGUCCUCCUUUUACAAAAGUAGCAAAUUACUAAGAAAAUAGUAUAUAUACAGUACAAUAGUCUAUUUUGAUAGUCAGCAGACUAUUUUAGGCUAAUUAAGCUAACUAGAAAUUGUAGGGUUGCAGUGAUUUCUCUUUAUUGAUACAUUGAUGAUAAUACUGUUUCCAUAUCUCUUUGGUGUUUGAAAUCAAGACGUGCCAGGGUCCAGUGAUUUGCUAAUCUAGUUUCUGGUCUGAUCCUGUCCUAUUUUUUUGCAGCAUUCUCUAACUUCAUAUUAUGAAUCAUGUUGUCUUUCUAAAGUGAUUGCCAAGCAAACCAAAAAUGUGUUUUACACUGCUAUUGCACUGCUCUCGUCUUUAUAUACAGUAGUUUUUAUAAAGAUGUCCUUAGGUUUUAAUAAAUGAGUGUAACGUAAACUAAUCUCUGUAAUAAAACUUGCUUUAGUGUUUCAAAGGCUGUCUGGAAUAGCUGUAGAGAUUUGAGCUUCUGAGUAUUCCAAUAGCUUCAAAAUUUGUGGCUUCCUUUCCCUCUGCAGGAAAUCCCCAGAUACCAGAACUGCACGGUCUGUACAAGGGUAAAAUGAAGAGAGUGUAUUUAACCCAAAGAAUGGACUUAGACGUGGGGGGAAGGGGCCCCAAGAAGC